AUGGCACCGCUCUCGCGCUCGCUCGCCUACUGUCUGGCUUUCAGUAGCUUCGCCCUCGCAACCACAACAUACCCUCCCCUCCCGCUCCCCUCAGGCGUGACCGCAUCUUACGUCGACACAACCAACACCAGCGGCCUCGUCUUCCACUACCUCUCCGCCGGCUGCACCCCCUCCAACACCACCAAACCGCUCGUGCUCAUCCUCCACGGCUACCCCGAAAUCGCCUACGGCUUCAAAGACCUCCUCGUCCCCAUCGCCAAGCAAGGCUACUGUGUCGUCGCCUCUGAUCAACGGGGUUAUGGACGCACGACCGGCUGGGAUACCAGGCCCUGGGCGUAUGUGGACCUUACGCAGUGGAAGUUUGAGAAUCUCGUCAGGGAUCUUGUCGCGUUUGUGUGGGCGCUUGGGUAUAAGGAGGUGAGGAGUGUGAUUGGGCAUGAUUUUGGGACGAUUCCGGCGGGGUGGGCGGCUUUGACACGACCAGACAUCUUCCAAUCCGUCCUCCACAUGUCCGUCCCCUUCGUCCCCCCACAACAACCCCCCUUCCACCUCCCCACCACCCCCUCCCCACCCAGCACCCUCUCCGUGCCAGACUGGACCUACGCCGGCGUCGAAUCCGCCCUCGAACACCUCACCCCACCCCGCAGAAACUACCAAUGGUACAACUCCCAGCCCUCCGCCGCCCACGACUUCCUCACCCCCACGGCCCUAAACAACUCCCUCCACGCCUUCUUCCGCAUCGAAUGGUUCAUCAAAUCCCCCGCCUACCUCGCGCAAUUCCCGCCCCCGCACCCCCUUCCCUCUUCCGACCCGUCCGACCUCGCCCAGGUCCCCUACUUCUACAUCAUGCUCGCGAACCAAUCCGUCUCGCAGACCCUCGCGACGCUCAACUACGGCCAAAACGCCUCCGUCUCGAAAACCUGGUUCCCCGACGCCGACGUCGACGUCUACGUGCAGGAAUUCUCCCGCACGGGCUUCCAGGGCGCGCUGAACUACUACCGCGUGCUCACCUCCCCGCCAGGGCCCCUCACGAAUGAUGGUCUGCUCUGGGCGGGCCGCAAAAUCACCGUGCCGACGUUUUUUCUGGGUGGGAAGUAUGACUGGCAGACGUAUAUUGUGCGUGGGGCGUUGGAGGGGUAUAAUGUGACGAGUACGGAUUUUCGGGGCAGUGUGUUGCUGAAUGGGAGUGGGCAUUGGCCGUAUAUUGAGCAGACGGGGGAGACGGUUAGGUAUAUUAAUAAGUUCCUGGAGGAGCUUUGA